CCGGAAAGCAGAAGGCUGAAGAGGAGAGGAAGCGGCCGGCGGCCACAAACGUGACGACACAGCGGAACUCUGGUCCACGUCAGCGAGCGUCGCCGCGGAUCGUCCCGUUUGUGCUGGCCCACCACAUCAGUUGGUCCGCUCGCUCGCUCACUCGUUCCGAUGGCAGACGAGGGCACGCGCAAGACGGUGUCUCAGAUUCCUCUGCUUAAAACGAAGGCGGGCCCGCGAGAGCGCGCCCUUUGGCCGCAGCGCCUCAAGGAGGAGUACCAAGCCCUCAUCCGCUUCGUGGAGAACAACAAGGCCGCCGACAACGACUGGUUCCGCCUCGAGUCCAACGCGGACGGGACGCGCUGGACCGGCACGUGCUGGUUCGUACACGAGCUGCUGCGCUACGAGUUCCGCCUGGAGUUCGACAUCCCCGUGACGUACCCGGACACGGCGCCGGAAGUGGCCCUGCCGGACUUGGACGGCAAGACGGCCAAGAUGUACCGCGGCGGCAAAAUCUGCCUGACCGAUCACUUCGCGCCGCUGUGGGCCCGCAACGCGCCUCGUUUCGGCCUGGCCCACCUCAUGGCGCUCGGGCUCGGCCCGUGGCUCGCCGUCGAAGUCCCGGACCUGAUCGCCAAGGGGCUGGUGAUCCACGCGGAGCAGCAGAAGGCGGCGUCGUCGUAGUGACGCCACGCGCACGCGUCAGAACGUUCUGCGUCACGCACGUCAAGCGCUGCCCUGCAAACUUGUUCACCAUUCAAAUCAAACCCGAAAGCAGUCCUCUGCCAAAGGCUAUGUCAGUAAAGCAUAGGUGGUGGAGGGGGUGAUCAUGACUUCAAACGAUGAGGAAAUAAAAUAUCCAAUCAUUUUCAAAAAGAAA